AUGCGGAAGUCACUCAUUCUCACCACCUCGAUCCUCUUGGCCUCUGUGGCGUGUGCUGCUCCAGUCAAUACUGAGAGCGAUGGAGUCGACAGCAGCAUCCCCUCAGGCGAGGAUGUUGAUAUCGUGAAUACGGAUCUCCUCGGGGCUGUCCUUGACGCCUAUUAUCUUAAAGCAUCCACCGUUAACAUCAGAGGCACCAUGAAGGACGUCGAUCUAAUGCUGGCGAAUACGAACAUCGACUCCGACGAGACCUCUGGCGACAUCCCUGAAACUGAUCCGGCGGUGGACACCUUGGAAAUGGAUACUGCUGAAGCUCCUGAGCUCUCUGAGCUUGUUCAACUGCUUGAGCUCGAGGACGUCGACACUUCAUCAUUCGAUACUUCAGUCCUCGAGGACACUGCCGACGGCGUCGUUCCAUCCAAACGCCAAAUGAGCCGAAGACCGAGGAGGAAUAAGGCAACACCAGAGAAGCAGGCCAAGUUUCACAAGGAGUUGGCUAUGAUGGAGCGCGACGGCGUCGUUAAGAUGGAGCUGCAGGGUUGA